AUGGACCUCCAGGGCAAGGUCAAAGCAAUGACGCAGUCCCUGGUGCUGGACGAUGGCCACCGGGCUGCCACCACGCCCUGCCGCCAAGGAUGGUAUGAGAUUGUGCGUCUGUCUCCAAGCCUACAGUCCCCCCGGGGGAUGGACUCCUUGGCCAUCACUGCCCCGGCGUCCAGAGCCCCUGGCAUCUCCAAGACAGACAAUCCGUCCCAGGGACUAGCCACCAGCAUCCGGUGGGGACAGACGCCCAUCAAUCAGUCCACGCCCUGGGACACUGAGGAGCCACCCUCCAAACAGAUGAGAGAGAGUGACAACCCAGGCACAGGACCAUGGGUGACCACGGUGGCCGCCGGGAGCCAGCCCACCCUGAUCGCACACUCCUAUGGAGUGGCCCAGCCUCCCACCUUCAGCCCGGCUGUGAACGUCCAGGCCCCGGUCAUUGGGGUGACGCCCUCACUGCCUCCCCACGUGGGGUCCCAGCUUCCACUGAUGCCAGGCCACUACUCGCUCCCACAGCCGCCCUCCCAGCCGCUGAGCAACGUGGUGGUCAACAUGCCUGCCCAGACCCUGUACGCCAGCCCGCAGCCCCUGGCUGUGUCCUCGAUGCCCGGUGUGGGGCAGGUGGCCCGCCCAGGACCUGCUGCUGUGGGCAACGGCCACCUGGCAGGGCCCCUGCUGCCACCACAACCGCCAGCCCAGCCGUCCGCCGCUGUGCCCAGUGGGGCCCCUGCCACCAACGGGCCCCCCACCUCUGACUCGGCCCCCGGGCUGCAGAUGCUGCGGACCAUUGGCGUGGGGAAGUACGAGUUCACGGACCCGGGGCACCCCAAAGAAAUGUUGAAGGAAUUGAACCAGCAGCGCAGAGCGAAAGCGUUUACAGACCUGAAAAUUCUUGUUGAAGGCAGAGAGUUUGAAGUGCACCAAAAUGUUCUAGCUUCCUGCAGCUUGUAUUUCAAGGACGUGAUUCAAAGGUCCCUGCGCGACGGCAGCCAGGGCGGCCGGGAGAAGCUGGAGCUGGUCCUGUCCAACCUGCAGGCGGACGUCCUGGAACUGCUGCUGGAGUUCGUCUACACGGGGUCCCUGGUCAUCGACUCGGCCAACGCCAAGACGCUGCUGGAGGCGGCCAGCAAGUUCCAGUUCCACACCUUCUGCAAAGUCUGCGUGUCCUUCCUCGAGAAGCAGUUGACAGCCAGCAACUGCCUGGGGGUGCUGGCCAUGGCCGAGGCCGUGCAGUGCAGCGAGCUCUACCACAUGGCCAAGGCCUUCGCACUGCAGAUCUUCCCCGAGGUGGCGGCCCAGGAGGAGAUCCUCAGCAUCUCCAAGGAUGACUUCAUCGCGUACCUCUCCAACGACAGCCUCAACACCAAGGCCGAGGAGCUGGUGUACGAGACCGUCAUCAAGUGGAUCAAGAAGGACCCUGCUUCUCGAGCACAGUAUGCCGCGGAGCUGCUGGCCGUGGUGCGCCUUCCCUUCAUCCACCCCAGCUACCUGCUCAACGUGGUGGACAACGAGGAGCUCAUCAAGUCCUCCGAAGCGUGCCGGGACCUGGUCAACGAGGCCAAACGCUACCACAUGCUGCCUCACGCUCGCCAGGAGAUGCAGACACCCCGGACCAGACCCCGCCUCUCAGCAGGUGUGGCUGAGGUCAUCGUUUUGGUUGGGGGCCGUCAGAUGGUGGGGAUGACGCAACGCUCACUGGUGGCUGUCACCUGCUGGAACCCGCAGAGCAACAAGUGGUACCCCUUGGCCUCCCUGCCCUUCUACGAGCGGGAAUUCUUCAGUGUCGUGAGUGCCGGGGACAAUAUCUACCUCUCAGGUGGGAUGGAAUCAGGGGUGACGCUGGCUGAUGUCUGGUGCUAUAUGUCCCUGCUCGAUAACUGGAACCUUGUCUCCAGAAUGACCGUCCCCCGCUGUCGGCACAACAGCCUGGUCUAUGAUGGGAAGAUUUACACCCUCGGGGGACUUGGCGUGGCAGGCAACGUGGACCACGUGGAAAGGUACGACACCAUCACCAACCAAUGGGAAGCCGUGGCCCCUCUGCCCAAGGCCGUGCACUCGGCAGCAGCCACCGUGUGUGGCGGCAAGAUCUACGUGUUUGGGGGGGUGAAUGAGGCGGGCCGCGCUGCAGGGGUACUCCAGUCCUACAUCCCUCAGAGCAACACGUGGAGCUUCAUUGAGUCCCCAAUGAUCGACAACAAGUACGCUCCCGCCGUCACCCUCAAUGGCUUCGUCUUCAUCCUCGGCGGGGCUUAUGCCCGGGCCACAACCAUCUACGACCCUGAAAAGGGGAACAUAAAGGCGGGCCCCAACAUGAACCACUCCCGCCAGUUCUGCAGUGCCGUGGUGUUGGAUGGCAAGAUUUACGCCACGGGAGGCAUCGUUAGCAGCGAGGGACCUGCCCUGGGCAACAUGGAAGCCUAUGAGCCCGCCAGCAACACGUGGACCCUCCUACCCCACAUGCCCUGCCCGGUGUUCAGACACGGCUGCGUGGUGAUCAAGAAGUAUAUUCAGAGCGGCUGACGUCCGCCGGGAGGCCAUGGCGAGACUGUGGACUAGUCUGGUGCGGCAAGCGCGACCCACAAGGAGACGUUUUCAGCAACCCCAGGAAGAGGCCAACAUCACGCAACCUAGGAACCGCUGCGCUAAACAUUGUGAAGUUGCUCUCCGUGGGCCGUGGAGGACCCUCCUGCCGGUGGGUGACCGAGCCGCGGGGACAGCCGGCGCCCGCCGGAGCGCUUGCUCUGAUCAGAGGUGCUCCCUCUGCCCGGUGCAAUAGAGUUUCACAUAUUUUUUCAACUGGGAGAGAGAAGCUGUCUUUUUUCCUUCCUGCAGAGCAAGCUCGAUCCCCCAGCCACCGUCGAUCAGUUAUCCGAUGUCAGUCGCACGCACCAGCUUGUGCGAGCGGCACCAGGCUCUCUUGGAAGAAGAUCAAAGUGUCCUUACCACUUUGAUCCCUACUUUUCUGUUUUUAACCAACCCACCCUUCCCAUGGCUGAAGGAAAACCAUGGACAGGACUGUUCGGUAGGCUGCUGGUCCCCUGGGCGGCGCAGGAGAAGCCGGGCUGCUGGAGCAGAGCCAGGCAGGGGCAGCAGGGGACAGCCGGCCAUCCUUCACAGGUGUUUGCUGGAGAAGGACAAGAGGGUUGUGCUAGCGUUCUCUUACUCGGUAUGAAUUAUUUAGAUUUCCAAGGCAUUUUUUUCUUGAUACACAAAAGGCUAUUUUUAAGUACAGAGAGACAGGGGGCCACCAGAAAGACACGAUGUGGAGAUUCCCGAAGCUGGGUCGUGAGUGCCAGAGUGGGGCAUUUGCUCUUAAUUUUUUCUACGUGCAGAAUAGAGGUUUUCUCCUGGGGAGGGGGGCACAUGCCCCCGUUUUAUUUUUAGAAAAGUCGGCGCCCGACAGCCCCGUGGAGGCUUGGUGAGCGGUAGAAAGUCCUGCCGCGGGAGGAAGCCAGCUCUGGCUUCUGGUACCAGCGCUGCGUCUCCAGGCAGCUGAGCUGAGGACCCAGGCCACGGAGCUGGGGCGAAGGGCAGGGGCACGAACAAAAACUGUCUAGAAAGCACAGGAGACUAUUUUUGAUAUUCAUAGCUAUAUAUUAAGGCACCUGCCGCCAGAGCGCUCAGGAUGGGGACAACCUUCUUAGACGAGCCAUGACCGCCAAGGCCUGCUGAGUCCCAGCAGGGUGCCUCUCCCGCCACAGAGCAGCCUGAGGAAGGGACAGCACGCUCGCUCGCUUGCCGAGGCUCAAAAGAGAAAGGCCUUCCUGCUAAUCCUCAGACCCUCAAACCUCACGUGGUCACGUGUCCAUUCCAGGGCAGGAAGGAGCCUGCGCUGUUGAGUUCAUGUUGGUACCAAAUACCCAUCUACCAUUUUUAUGCCCGGGAGGUCCCCUUUGUCAUCCCCCCCACCCCACCCCCGGUCGUCAUGUCACCCUGAGACCAUUCACGAGGAGAAGAGGGACAGGACAUGCCUUCCACUGUCCAGUAUUUGAUGACACAAAAGCCCGUCGGGCGGGCAUCCAGAAGCGUGGCCCCCACUUGGACAACGUGAUCCUGAGCUUCGUUAUGCAGUUUUUAAUAUUAUUUAUUAUUAAAAAAAAGUAAUAAGCACAAAACUACAUACAUUGUAUGUCAUUUAAAGUAUUUAUGUCAAACAGGGUGCAAGUGUGAACCCAAGGACCGGAGCACAAAUUCCUAACUGCCUGGGCAGGGCUAAAGUUAGCGUUGGGUGCGUCUACCUCCAAAGGAGGUGCUAGCGGACAGCAGGACUCAGCCCAGGUGGCACUGUUGGAAUCCGCCUUCUCGCCUCAUCUAUCGCACUGGAGCAAAGCUGGCUAUUUCUGUGAAGGAUAUAAAACAGGGUUCUCUGUAACGGUAUUGUACAUAGUAUAUGUUUACUGUUAAGUUCUUGUUAUAUGAUAAUAAAUAUAUUUAUAGAUCUAGA